UUCCCUUCAUUUUGUUCCGCUUGCUUAAUAUCUGCAUUUUUUUUAGGAUAAUGGAUGAUUUUUAUGAAGUUUUAGGGUGUACCAUGGAUGCUACAGAAGACGAAAUCAAACGAAUUGUUAACGAAGCUCGACUUAAGUUCCAUCCAGAUAAAAAUCCAGAUGUUUCAAAUAGAAAAUUCUUGGUCGUAGAAAGGGCAUGGAGUGUUUUGCGGUAUCCAGAAAAACGUAAAGCUUAUGACGCUUUGUUGAAACAACAUAAAAUUAUAUCUCACUCUGCUGGGUUGCCUAUACAGUCUGACGUAUCAUUUGACCAAUUUCAUGAUGAAAGCAAAUCCGUUCAUGACGUAGAUUUACAAUCCCACAAUCAAGAGUGUCACUGUUAUUGGUUUCCUUGUCGCUGCGGUGGAAGUCAUGUCUUAGACGACCUUGCUGUACUAUGCCAAGUCCCGUAUGCAAAGUGUACAAACUGUUCUUUACUCGUGCAUGUUUCAUACCCUGAAUCUCAUUGA